CAAGUAUGUAAGCUGCCGUGCCUCCUCCACGUGACUGACUGGCCGACCUGUUGCGAGCUGAUGGCACCCGCUGCGGCUGUCAAGCUCUCGGCCCGUGUCACACGCCCUGCCUCUACACAGGACAUGACACGCAAGAGGGCAUGCACGUCCAAGGUGCGCACUGGGUGCAUCACUUGCAAGGAGCGCCACGUCAAGUGCGACGAGGCCAAGCCAGCCUGUCUGCGCUGUGCCCAGGCCGGGCACGUGUGCAGAGGCUACAAUCCCCUUCGCAGCCAGCAGAGGCCGCCCAGGCCCGAGCCCGUCACACGGAGGCUUCUUCCACGCCAGCAUCCUGGCCAGCCAGCCGCCCUCGCAAUCACCGUCGGGAGGUCCCUGGCCCCGGUCCGCCUCCAUGGGGAUGAUGUCCUGUACUUCGACUUCUUCCGCUCCCACGCCGUCGCCGACCUGUCCGGCUAUCUGCCUUCCUCCUUCUGGUCCCACACCGUCCUCUGCCACUCUCUCACCGACCCUUGCACUCGCCACGCCAUUCUUGCCCUGGGUGCCGCCUCGUAUCCUCUGGUGCCUCCCGGCCAUGCCCACGCCCGACUGAGCUUCCACGGCAGCGCUGCCGUUGGCCAUCACACAAGAGCCCUGGCUCUGUUUCGUGCCAUGAUCGCCGACGGCGUCGACGGCCCCCCCUCCCGGUCCUCCCGGUCCGUCUUUAUUGUCACGCCCUUACUCGUGGCAUUCGCCAUGCUCCAGGGCGACAACCACGCCGCCGACGCACUGCUGUCUGGCCUCAGCCUCUUGGGGAGACACAUCCGCCGGGCCUCCAAAGCCCCUGUCGUAAAUCAAGAAAUGGAGUCACUGACCUGCCUCAUGCUUCAGGUCUACAUGCUUUGCGGCCAUAACCCACUAUAUCAGUCUCAGAAGGGCAAUGUGCUUGCCAUGCCGAGUAACAUGUUCCUCGACUCCAGCCCUCCUCCAGAUGCCGGCGAGCGGCCCGUGACAGCGUCUUCGCUGGAGCCCAUCCUCGCCGUCUGGGCUUCCUUCACCUCCCGCUGUCUGGUCUGGCUGCGCCAUACUGACUACACUAAGCAUAGCAUAGCACCUGGGAUUUACGCGAGAGCAUGUGCGGAGCAGGCUGACCUGCUGGCCCGUCUCCUCCGCUGGCAACAGUUCAUAUAUGGCUUGCGCCCUGCGCCGGACUUGGACCAGGCCUACAUGCGCGGCCUGAAACUAAUCCGCCUGCAAUACGAGACAAUCUUCGUCUGGGCCUCGGAAGGCUUGGACCGUACUCGAAUGGGUUUCGACCACCACACUGCCAGGUUCGAGAGCCUUGUCCAAAGCUGCGCCGAGAUCCUGGGGCUUGGCCUCGCCGAGGGCGGGGACGAUACGAAUGACCAGCGCACAACCGGACACUACUCGCCAGCCCCGUACACAGGUUAUACAUUCGAGGGCUUUGGGGUUGUGUCGGUGCUGGGGUUUGUUGUCACCCGGUGUCGGCUCGGCCCGAUCCGACGCAGGGCCAUGAGCAUACUCGCGCGGAUAUGGUGGCGCGAGAACGGCUGGGACACGGUCGCGACCUACCGGGGCGCCAAGGCGUUGAUGGAGCUUGAGGAACAGGGCGGAAUCCCUGGUGCCGAUGGGGAGCUGUACAUUCCGGCCGAGUCCAGGUACUAUUGGGGUGAUGCCCGCUGGGAGCACGCCUUGCCCGCGAGCCAGAGGCUGAUCUGCACUUUCGCACAACGCAGGCCUGACGAACUAGGGGAUGUGUGCGGUGUCCCGGUUGUAAUAGGCCUGUCAUCCCCGCGGCCCAAACAGUGAUGGACGGGAAGCUGCGGAGAUUUGAUGGGGUGUUGCAUUGGCAAAUAGGGGGGGGGGUGGACUUGGGGGCAUCCCGCUCGCUGUCAUGACCAAGCCUGUACCAGGUCCACCAGCAGCUUUCCGGUGGGCCCUUCCUCUCUUCUCCAUAUUGCUUCAUGGGUCUCAUCACGGACAGUGUGACAGCAACAUAGCCGCACAUUUAAAUCAUAUAAAUGCUAUACGUCAAGUUUACUGGGUGCUGAAAUAUUGUUGGUAGAGUUACUGUAUAAAAUAUUACCAGUCUCACAAAAACGUCGCUGUUAAAGCCCUGUG